AUUAAAUGAUGACGAAAACGGUCUAUGUUCUGUUAACGACCGAUAAAGAAUUAAUCUAUUUGGUCCUUUCGACAUACGGACUUUAAUAUGGCGAAAUCACUGAUUUGUAUACUUGUGGGUUUGAGUAUCGCUAGUGGAAAUAUUCGACAGGUUUUGAUUCCAGGAGGAGGAGGGCUUGUAUCACCUUACUAUGAUCAACAUUGUGACGUCAUUUGUAACGAGGAAACACAUUCCUCGACGUCACUUUGCGCUACAGAUGGCAAAUUAUACAGUUCACAAUGUGAGUAUAGAAAUGCUCAAUGCAAAGCCUUGAAAACUGGUGACCUUCUCACUAUAACAAACUACGGUGACUGCGUCACAUUAGAUACGACAUGUGACGUAAUGAGGCAGACGACUUGUUUAACUCACCAUAUCUCUCAAUUGAGUGGAAAUAACAAUGGAGCUGAACCCGUAUGUGGUUCAAAUAACAAAACCUAUGGAAGUGUAUGCGAGUUCCGUUCAGCACAGUGUCACAAUGAGCUGAUACAAGGAGUACAUUCUGUGGAAACGUUGACCCUAGCCCAUGAUGGCGAAUGUCAGAUUGACUUAUCCCAACUUUACAUGGUUAAUUGUUCUAAGUACAUACUGAUAAACACUGGUCUGGCAAUAGAAGGAAGUGCAAAUACGUAUCCACAUGGCGUAGCUUGUCCUAGAAAUUACCAACCUAUCUGUUCAAAGGAACACAGGACAUUCUCAAAUGAAUGCACUUUCUGUAACUACUUGUUAGCUACACAUCUUCUACCAAAGAAUGAUUUUGUAACGUAUGCACUCCAUGAUGGUAGCUGUACAAGCGCAGAAAUAUUUGGUUAACCGAAAAAUAUGUUCAAUAUAUCGUGUACUUCCUCAUUAAAAGAUUAAUUUAUAUAAUA